AUGUUCAACUGGCUGUUUGCGCGCCGGAACGGCGGGCAAUUCGUCGUGCGGGUGGAGGAUACCGACCAGGGCAGGAUCACCGAAGGCGCGGUGGACCACAUCCUCGACGGCCUGGAAUGGCUCGGCAUUGACUGGGACGAGGGCCCGCGCGUCGGCGGUCCCUACGGGCCGUAUUUUCAGUCCGAGCGGCUCGCGCGUUAUCACGAAGCAUCCGAACGGCUGAUUGCGUCGGGCAACGCGUACCGCUGCUACUGUCCCGCGGAACGGGUCGCGGAACUGCGCAAGGAGCAGGCCCGCAACAAACAACGUCAGGGUUACGACAGCCAUUGCCGGUACCUGUCGGACGACGAGAGGCAGGCCAAAGACGAGGAGGGAACCCCCUCCGUACUCCGCUUCGCCAUGCCCCAGUCCGGCGCAACCUCCGUGGAAGACUCGAUCCGCGGGCACGUGGAAUGGCAGAACGACCUGACCGACGAUUUCGUCCUGGUCAAAUCGGACGGGUUUCCGACGUACCACAUGGCGGUUGUGGUGGAUGACCACGCGAUGGAGAUUUCCCACGUACUGCGGGCGGAAGAGUGGCUCCCCAGCACCCCUCGCCACGUGCAGCUGUACCGCGCGUUGGGAUUGGAGAUGCCAACCUUCGGACACCUGCCAAUGAUCCUGGGCUCGGACCGGGCGAAGCUGUCGAAAAGGCAUGGAGCCACCUCCCUCAUGGAAUACCGGGAUGACGGGUUCUUACCGGAGGCGUUGAUCAACUUCAUGGCCCUUCUCGGGUGGUCCCUGGACGGCGAGACCGAGGUGAUGACCACGGACACCAUACGGGACAACUUCACGCUGGAGCGCGUGGGCAAGCCGGCGGCGAUCUUCGACCUGGACAAGCUUCAGUGGAUGAAUGGCGUUUACAUUCGUCAAACGGAAAAUGACGACCUGGCUUACCGCAUACUCCCGUUCCUGGACCGGGAGUAUCGCGCGGCGCUAUUGCCCAUCGACCCCGAUUACCUGCGGCGGAUCGUCCCGCUGGUUCAGGAACGUAUCAAGACCCUGUCGGAAGCUCCGGACAUGCUGGCCUACUUCUUUGAAGAAACGUUGGACUACGACCCGGCCAGCCUGAUCCAAAGAGGCAUGGACUCAGUGGGCACACACGCCGCUGUGGUACGGGCCGAGUCCGACCUCGCGUCAGUGCCGGCCAUCGAAUUUGAUCACGAAAACCUUGAAAAUAUUCUGAGGGCGACCGGUGAGGAACUCGGGUUGUCCGGCCGGCAGUUCUUCGGCGCUCUGCGGACAGCGAUAACCGGGCGCACGGCAACGCCGCCGCUGUUCGAAAUGAUGGAAGUGAUGGGACAGGAACGGGUGCUGCGAAGGCUCGGAGCCGCCGCGGAAAAGUUAUCGGCCGCCUAA